AUGUCUUCUUCUGAAUCAAGUGACGAUGCAACAAAAGAACGAGGUAUUUACGGAGGCCAUGGUGGUGGUCCAGAUAUUAUGACGGAUAAUACUCGAACGAAUAUGAAAUCAGGAAAUGGCUCUGGUGAUCAUGCUGGAAUAUCUGAAGUUCGUGGUAACGAUACAGGUCAUGGUGUAUCAAGUUCGGGUAUGGAUGAUUCAACAGGCGAUGGCAGUUGGAAUAUGCCUCAACGAAAAUCUGGUGGCCAGAAUUCCAAUUUAGGUGGUUCAGUAUUUCAGAGUCCAGCAGCAACCGCAAAAAUAGAUAAUCGUACAUACCUUAGUACAUAUAAUACUUUUGAUAGUAAAGCUAUACCUUAUUUUUUCCUAAUAAUGAUUGAUGUGGAAACAAAGACAAUCAAACUUAAUUUAUCAUUGAUCGAAAAAAAUGAUUAUGCAGGGUUUUAUCAUAUUGGAGUGACGAAUGAGAAUGGUAACAUUUAUGGUGUCAGAGAAAGUUUCAAGUCUCCGUUAGGUUUAGAAGUAGCUAAAAUCAAUCAAACAACAGGUCUUAUGAAAACUAUUGGAAUAUAUCCAACUGGUUCAUUUAGUGUGAUUAUGGCUUUUGCACCGAAACGUCGAUUGUAUUAUAAUGUGAUAGAUUCGACACUUUAUGGUAUCAAUAUUGAUACCGGAAAAUUAGAUGUACAUAGUCAAAUGCCUGGAGAUUAUUCGAUCUAUGGUCUUGACUAUGAUUCUGCUAAAGAUCGACUCAUUGCUAUAAUUUAUCCAGGUGGAUUAAACGAUGGCGUCUGGUAUUUAGUUGAAGUCAUCAUGAAAGCAAAAGGUGAACUUGAAUUUGAUCGUAUUGGUAAAAGUGAAAUUCCAUUUGAGAAAUAUUUUUGGUCAACAAACUAUGCACUCGAUGCAGAAAAACGUCUAUGGGUUACAUUAUGGGGUACAACAGAUGACAAAAAAAAUUAUUUUUUUGUAUUCAAUAUCGAUAAUGGAAAAAUUGUUGAACAAACGGCCAUAAGUCUAACUGAAUUAAGUAAUCUUGCUUGUUUCGAUUCAAUUUGA